AAACACUUGUGUAGACAAAACACACUUUAACACCGUUCUUUUGAAUUCACUCACCAAUGAUGUUAAAAAAAACAAAAUUUACUCUAUAUGUACAUCUUUGUGACUCUAGUGUUAACAGCACACAAAUUUGUGAAUUUCAACUUCUGAACUCAGUAGCAGAAUUAUAAUGUAAAUCUCAUUGUACUGAGAAAAAAUGACAGUUUGGAUCUGUACAUAUAAUACAAAUAAAAAGAAUCAUGGCUUCGUGCCCCAUACUCCAAUAUUUCAUGAAUGUUAAACUUGCCUUCUUAAUUUCCUAACAUUCCAGUGUAAGUUCUGGAUAGACUAGGAAGAUUCAAUUGCAAAAUCUCCUCCCUGCUCCCAAAUAAUCCCGACUCAUUUAUUUUUUUUUAUUCGGACUUAUAUAAAUCACUCUUGGAACUCACCUCUCCAGUUUAGGAUUUUGUGUGUAAAAGUUUCCCAUUCAAGAAAAGAAAAACUUACUGAAACUAGAUAUCAUAAAAGGAAAGAAACAGCCAAGAUAAAAACUAUUAUGCCAUGUUUCAAGUUCAAAUGCAUGAGUAGAAUUUCGUGCGGGGUAACAAUACUAACAAAUUGAAACGCUGAAAUCCUUAACAACCAAAACGCUACAAGGAUAAGUCAUUAAAAUAUAAACAAACUCUUACUAACAUAAAAUAGCACAGGACCCAUAUAGUGUCCUUUUAAACAAAGGUAAUUGCUGCUAGGGGCCUGCAAAUGCUUCUCUGUCUUAUGCGAUAUGGAUUUGUCAAUGUGCUUUGGUUUAUAUGUAAUAAAAUUUCCACGUAGGCAAAAAGCUUGGAUCUUAUUCCCAGAAUCUAGCACAAAGUGAGUGUAAAUUUCAAGCGAGAAAAUACUGUGGCAGUCAAUGAGACAGGGGCUACCGACUCUGAGAAAAAGCUAUAUAAUUCAUGUGCUCCUGGCAAUAGCACUUCCUGAUACAGUUGUCUCUUAGAUAAGUUAAGAAAUUGGACCAUUUCAUAAGAGUCUUCCAGGAAAUAAAUACUUGGUUUGGAUGUCGAGUUUGAGGGGUGAUAGAAUGGCUUAGUUUGUGAAAUCAGUGUGGUCUAAAUUUCUUGACUGAUGACUCAAAGAACAGAAUAAAUGGCAUGUCCGACCAUUUCUUUUUAGAGAAUUAAUUGAACCUUUUUUAUUCUCUUGAAAUAAGGUUUUCUAAUAAGUCCUUGCUGCUGCCUCUUCGGAGGGCAUUUUAAAAGAAAGGGGGUAGGUAAUUUAGCAGCCCAAAUCAGCUGGGUCCUAAUUCCAGCCACUGACCUGGACACCUCCUCUGUAUGUCUGAAGGCCUGACUUACUUCUUCAGUGAGGUUGGGACAGAAUUUCAGGUCUCAGAGAGGAGUCUGGGUGAUGGAGUCAUUGCUGCCAAGAGCUGCUCUGUUAGCCAGAAGGACAUUGUUACUUAAUGAAGCCCUUCCCCUUGUGCCUUUCCUCCUUUUACCUGGAAGUGGACCCUUGUUAUAACAUGUAGGUAAUAAUAGUCUCCCACGAGACAAUAGUAGAUUCACUCUUUCCCCCAAACAUUACAAGCUGUAUAAUUUGGAGAAGAAAGCAAGAACUAGACCCUUAGCGUCUAUUUGAAAGACAAUCAAUCUUCAAGGAAGCAGGCCUGUCAUCACUCUUUGUGACAGUUCUUUAAACGGCAAAGUGAGAUAGUGGAGGUUUGGGUCUCGUAAAGGAAUUGGUGGAUAAUAAGGCACUGAGGCUGCUCUGCAGUCACCACUGAUCUAUGGCCCCGAGGUCUUCUGGCUUUAGAUCCUCUUCUCCUUUGCACUCACUCUGGACCCUACCUUGAGCCCUACUUAGGACCAGGUGAAGACACUGAGCCCCCAGGGAAAAGCCCCCACAACCCAAGGUGCCGAGGAGCCCAGGGCGCAUCCCAAGAGUAGAGAGGCUCCCAGUUUCCCCACAGACCCUGGGGAAGGGCGUGAACUGGACAGAAGCGCAGUGGUGUUUUGCCUCUUGGAAAGUUUCUGCCUUGCCUCUGGGCUUUGCGGUGUAGAGUUGUCCGCUGCCUCUGGCCCUGAAGCCCUGGCUCCUGUUUAAUAUUCCGCCUGCUCCGUUGAUGUUGUGCUUGGCUCCUGUGGGACUGCAACUCAUGGCUGGAAACUGGAGCCAAUUUUCUGUCUUCAUCUCUCAGUGUUUUGACUGGAGGCAGAUCCAGUUCAGGCCAAUCAGGGCUGGUGGAAACAACUACCAAGUGUGUCUCUGUCUGCUUCGCUUUGGGAGAAGAAAGUGGAGAGAGCCCCAGAAUGUUGUAGAGGAACUGGCCCUGCAGAAACAGAGGAAGAGGGGGCAGCGGGCAGCGGAACAGACUGAAGCUGAGAGCAUCAAUCUGAGGCUGUCAGAGAUGACUCUGGUUCUGUCCAUGAAUAGAUUCUGCGAGCCCAUUGUCUCGGAAGGAGCUGCUGAAAUUGCCGGGUACCAGACACUAUGGGAGGCUGACAGCUACGGAGGCCCAAGCCCCCCAGGGCCAGCACAGGCUCCUCUGCAGGGAGACCGGGGAGCUGGUCCCCCGCUGGCAGGAUCACAUUACAGGGGAAUUUCAAAUCCUAUAACAACAUCCAAGAUCACAUACUUUAAGAGGAAGUAUGUGGAAGAAGAGGAUUUUCACCCACCACUCAGCAGCUGUAGCCAUAAAACCAUCUCAAUCUUUGAGGAACGAGCCCACAUCCUUUAUAUGUCCUUAGAAAAGCUAAAGUUUAUCGAUGAUCCUGAAGUGUACCUCCGAAGAUCUGUCCUUAUAAACAAUUUGAUGAAAAGGAUCCAUGGAGAGAUUAUCAUGCAGAAUAACUGGUGCUUUCCUGCCUGUUCUUUCAAUGGCACCUCUGCCCAGGAGUGGUUUAUGGCUCAAGACUGUCCUUACCGGAAACGACCUCGGAUGGCCAAAGAGGAGUGUGAAAAGUUUCAUGCCUGCUGCUUGUACCAAGAAUGUGGUGGUCACUACCUAAAUUUACCCCUUUCUGUCAAUGCUAAUGUCGGAAAUGCCUCCACCACUGCCUCUUCCUCCUCCUCAUCUUCCUCUUCCUCUCCCCCUCUGCCUUUACCGAGCUGUUCCCACCAGGUGGAUUUUGAUGUAGGCAGUGCACCUAUUUACAAGGGCGAUGGCCAGAUACCUGCCAAUGAAAUCUUUGUUACUAAUGUGAGGUCACUUGGUGUCCAGGAAAAGGCCAAAUUAAACGAGAAAGCAAAUGAUGACACCAACAGGGAUGGUGGCCCCCUAAGCCAUGAACCUGUGGGAAAUGACCUUGCUUUUGAGUGCAAAGGCCAAUUUUAUGAUUAUUUUGAGACUGGAUAUAAUGAAAAGAGCAAUGUAAGUGAGUCGUGGAAAAAGUCCUUAAGGAAAAAGGAGCCUUCACCAAGUAACAAACUGUGCUGCAGCAAAGGAAGUAAGAUAUGAGCCGUCUUCUCCCCGAAACUUUGACGCACGCACAGCAUGAUCAAUUAGCUCUCAUAAAUUGUAUUUUGAAUGGAUUUUAGAGUUUUGUACAACUGAUACAAUUAUGCCAUGAACAUGCCAUGUCAUUUUAAUGCCUGGAGAGCAGAUUGCAUAAGACACCUGUAUAGUAGGCAUCGGCGAGCUACUUAUAAAUGUGGUGACGUUACCGAGAACACAGUUGACGCUUAAAAGUAUAUCUUAGUUUUCUUACAGAAAAGAUCAGUAGGUUAGGAUGGGGGACAGUGUGCCCUUGUGAUAUUUCCGUGACCUCCAGGAGCCUGUCACUAGCGAAGAACCUUCCACCUGUUUGCCACUUAAUUAGGUAGUUAUUUGGUAAGCAAAUCAAUAUAACCAGCAAAGAAUGUCUGCUGCUUCUCUGUGAUACAGUAUUUUUUUUUCUGACUAAAAGACUGAAGACAGGGAGCUAGGUGAAAUGGCUUCCUGGUGCUGUUAAAUGUUUGGAUUCAACAGUCUUGUGUGACAGAUGAAAACAGGAAUAGAACAUAACGAGGCACACCUGUCUAGGGGCAGCAAUCAACAAGCUGAGUAGAGGCUAAUCCCUGCUUGCCUGUGAUGGGUGAUGAGGCUUUUAGAGAUAUAUUAUACAGGGCGAUUUGUGGUGCCUUACUUUAUCUUAAUUUUUGCCAAUGUGAAAAUUAAGGAUAAAUCAGAGUACAGCAGGGAUUUAACAAACAGGAAAAAAAAAAACACAGGGUGGAUCAAUAUUGUUUGGAAACCGUUAAUGUCGAACUAUUGCGUUCAACUUUUGAUUCAACAUCUCUAUUCUUCCUUUGUUUUUGAUGCCCAAUUGCUUUCGGAUUUGGCAUUUUUAGAAAGGGAUGGAGGAAACAAUAGACAGAGCUGUUAGAAACCAGCACUGGCUGCUCGAGCUUUUCUAUGGCAACGGUCUGUUGCUGGGGUCUGGGUUUUCUGGGUUUUGGGUUGUUUUGUUUCGCUUUCUUGUCCGAUGAAGUUCAUGAACCAGUGGCAUGCAUCAUACUUUAAUCUGUUUUGCAUCAUUUCACUCGUUUAGAUUAUAAAAGCAUGUGGUUUUUUAUAUAUGACUUUUGCUGUUGAUUACGAAGCACAAUGUUGAUAAAUGAUGUGGUGAUCAAUAAGGUUUUAUCUUAAAGAAUGUAAAGAUUUUAGUUUGGGGAAGUUAUUUUGGAGAAAUGGGACUCAGUCGGCAAAAGCUCCUAUGUAUUUGGUCAACAUUUUUCUCAAUCAUUUCUUUCAUUUGUGCAUUGGCAAGGAUGUUCAGAGUACCCCUCUGACCAUCCUUCCUUCCACACCAGCCAACUCCGCCUGCUAAACUGUAUUCCCAUUUCCAAGGUUACUGGCUGACUUGGGCCUCCUUACACACUACUUCACAGGAACCAAAUGCCAAACGGAGGAAAUAAGUAAGUCCUCCCAGUUUCUCCAAGAUAAAGCUUUUUUAUUAUUGCUAUUAAUAUUAAAUAUAGGUCUCAUUCAUACAGUGUAUGAGUAGGAUCAUCAUUUGGACAAUGUCCACAAGGACCAAUUUUUAAAACCUGUUCUUGUGUUAUGGCUGAAUAGUGAUGUUUUGUCCUUUAUUUUCAAUAUUUGAUAAACAUUUGAUGUUGAAAACUUAGAUGAUAGAUGCUUGUAUAUGAUUGUGUUGUUGUAAUAAAGUGAAGUUUUCUUGAUAUAUAUUUAUUAAAAUGAUCAAAAUUCAUUUAGAUUUUCUUAUUUUAAUGACUGUUGGCUAUGUUUCUCUUUUCCAUUGCUCUUUCUCCUUUAAAAAACUCAAAAUGUCUAGAAACUGUCAUGGGCAGUGGCCACACAGGCGUUUUCAAAGUUAGAGUGUACUUUGAGAGGCCCAUCUAACAGGUGUUUCAGAAUGCUCCUAGUUUGUAGGUUUAGAUUUCUGUUGAUUAAGAGCACAGUAAAUGAUGUGGUUUGUGAUCGAUAAGGUUUUAUCUUAAAGGAUCUGAAGGUUUUCAUUUUUAUAAAGUUUCUGAAAAAAAUAGCAUAACAUGAAGCCAUAAAUACUGAAUCCUAGCUGAUUCCUUUAUGAAAUGUCAAAUUGUCAAGAAGAUGGCCCAUGUGUAAACGGUUAAAAUAGCUACAGAGGUUAUUGCCAGUAGUAUUCCAUGCAAUUCUGUAUUGUUGUUACUCUUAGAGGCUAAUAUUUCAUUUGAUAAAAGGGGCAAGCUAGUUGGAAGCUAGUUAAUUUGCCAAAAGUAGCAUUCUUAUUGUGAGCGUAAUACAUCAUGGAGAUUUAAAUAUGAAAGAAAGGACUUAUAUUUUUGCUUUUUAAUUUUCCACAGAACCCACUAGCGCUUCUUUGCAGGAUGACGGGUGCCUUUGAAUCCAGCAGCAUUAAAAUGUGUAAUAUUUAGUAAUCAAGUUUUUGUUUCUAGGACAUUUCCAGCAUACUUUUUCUUUACUAAAAAAUAAUCCCUAAACACCCAUCCAAGUAACAAAAAUGUUUCUGGUGUUGGUGUGAAAGCGUUAGGGCUUCCUCUGUGCCUACCUUGUGAUUUCUACUCAAGAGCUGUUAAGUCAGAUUUUCCAGAGUGGUCAAGGCUCCCCUUCAUAGUUAAGUUAAGUCUAUGAAUUGGGUUCUAUAGUUAUAUCCUCAGAGAUGGGAAAAGCUAAGACCGCCCUCCACAGCACACUGCUGUCUCUCCAGCUGGAAGUAACACCUUUUCUUAUUGCUCUGCUUUCUUUGCUUUAAGGAAAAGCUCAUAUGGCCGAAUCCAGACUUUUAAAAGUUGAAUGAGGGGAAACCUUCACUUAAGAAAAUGGCCCAGCUCCCCAAAUGUGCCUUUAAUUGCUACUCCCCUAGGCAUCUAGGUGCAUGUCUGUAACCAAAUCAUUAACCUCUGCCUCUGGCCCUUCCUCUCUUAAAGUGUGUGAUUUGUAGAGGAUAGCCUGGCAAAGGCCCUUUAAAAGGGCAAAGGUAUCAUUAUAUGCUUCCACUCUUAAAAUCCUAUUAUUCUAAAGUUCACCUUGAAGGUGUCCUAGGGACAGGAUUGUAGGCACAGGGACCUGGGAGGAAAACUUUAACGAAAAACUUAAACCUAGUGGCAGUGGCUAUCUGACAACAAUCAAUAAUUAGGGUAAAGCAUCUUCGGCCUGAUCUUUUAAGACAAUGGAAAUGUUGAACAUUUUACCUGCUACUUUGUUAAAUAGAUGCUGAAGCGGGUGAAUGUAAGGUAUUUGCUUUUAGAGCUCAUAGAUUAUAACUCCAUCAAAGCAUGGCUACCCACCCGUCCAAACGUGAACUUGCACUACAGCUUCCCUUGAGUACUUCUUUUCUGUGCAUCAAGAAGAGAGCCAAGAACAACUUGCAGAAGACAUGGGUGUUAAGAGGUACCAGCCUCACAAUAAAUAUCAGACAGGGAUAUGAGGGUUUGUUUGCAAUGCAGCUAAGCUUUCAUGUCCCUCAAACAACUUACGAGCAGAAAACGUUUUUGAAAAUAAUUAGCUGUUCAAAUCCACUUUUAUGACAGUCCCUGAAAUUUCUAGUCAUUGUAUUUGGAGUGAAAUCACAUUCCUGCCAGUUUUACUAGGCCUUAUUCAAAAACAAGGAUUCAACAUGGCAUCAAUAAUGGUGGUUUAAACUAGAUACAGAAAUGUCCUGUGAAGAGAAGAAUGAAAUCAAUAUUUAAAUAAUAAAAGAGACAAUGUAUGUUUUCUAGUAUUUCAUUUUAAGAUUGUUGUGCUUUGAUUCUGUGGUUUAAAAUAAAUGCAUUAAGGAUCUUUUAAGUUAACUGCACGAUGCCUCCAGUGCUUUCUUAGUUGUAGUAUAGUGAAUAAGCAAGGUAUAUUCUCUUCACUUGGCUAAAACUUCUCCAUUUUAUGUGAUGCAGCUACAUGACCUGGAGUAACUCAGUUACUAGUUUAGAGAUUAUUUCCAGCCCUGUGUACUUGCCAUAUUUUAGCUGGGAGAAUUCACUUAGGAAAAGCACUUGCAAAGAUGUAAGUUAUGAACACUUGAAUCUCACAUCCUGCCAUAAAGUGCAUCAGCA